UGGUUCAAUCCGCAAUGUCUUCAGGAUAUUGAGGUGAACAAUAGAAAGGUAAAAGUUCAUCAACGUGAUGGAAACUUUCAGUAUUCUGAAUGGAAGAAUCUUAGAGUGGGAGACAUUGUAAAGGUGCAAAAAGAUGAAUUUUUUCCAACAGACCUCAUCUUGCUUGCAUCCAGUUAUGAGGAUGCAGUCUGCUAUGUUGAGACCAUGAACCUUGAUGGGGAAACCAAUUUGAAAUUGAAACAAGCACUAGAGGUAACUUCAUCCUUACAGGAAGACUAUAACUUUCAGGACUUUAAGGCUACUAUUAAAUGUGAGGACCCAAAUGCAAAUUUGUACUCUUUUGUUGGAAGUAUGGAGUUUGAAGCGCAACAGUACCCCCUUUCUCCUCAACAACUUCUCCUACGAGACUCAAAACUCCGGAAUACAGAUUACAUAUAUGGGGCUGUUGUCUUCACUGGUCAUGACACCAAGGUCAUGCAAAAUUCUACAGACCCUCCUUCUAAGAGAAGCAAAAUUGAGAAGAAGAUGGAUCGUAUUAUCUACUUAAUGUUUUUUAUUGUAUUUAUAAUGGGGUUUGUUGGUUCCAUUUUCUUUGGAGUUGCAACUAGAAAGGACCUGGAAAAUGGAAGGAUCAAAGACAGGUGGUAUCUUAGACCAGAUAGUUCUGACAUUUUCUUUGAUCCUAAAAGAGCCCCAGCUGCAGCAAUCUAUCACUUCCUAACGGCUCUUCUUCUUUAUAGCUACUUCAUUCCCAUCUCGUUGUAUGUGUCAAUAGAAAUUGUUAAAGUUCUUCAGAGCAUCUUCAUCAAUCAAGAUAUUCACAUGUAUUAUGAGGAGGCUGACAAACCAGCGCAUGCCCGUACCUCUAAUUUGAUUGAAGAGCUUGGCCAAGUUGAUACAAUACUAUCUGAUAAGACAGGAACAUUAACCUGCAAUUCGAUGGAGUUCAUCAAGUGUUCUGUAGCUGCUACAGCUUAUGGCCGUGGUGUUACAGAGGUUGAGAGGGCUAUGGAUAGAAAGAAAGGUUCACCCUUGGUUCAUGAAAAACUAAAUGGUCUGAAUCAUAUUCAUGGUUCUACUGAUAUAAAGCCAACCAUUAAAGGCUUUAACUUUAAAGAUGAAAGGAUCAUGAAUGGAAACUGGGUUAAUGAGCCUCGUGCAGAUGUCAUCCAGAAGUUUUUUCGUCUGUUAGCAAUCUGUCAUACUGCAAUACCUGAAGUGGAUGAAGAUACAGGGAAAGUUAUGUAUGAGGCUGAAUCACCUGAUGAAGCAGCAUUUGUGAUUGCAGCAAGAGAACUUGGCUUUGAAUUCUACAAAAGGACGCAAACAAGCAUCUCCAUACUUGAGUUGGAUCCUGUGUCUGGAAAGAAAGUUGACAGGUUGUAUACACUUUUGAAUGUUCUGGAGUUUAACAGCUCCAGAAAACGGAUGUCUGUAAUUGUGAGAGAUGAGGAGGGAAAACUUCUACUACUUUGCAAAGGUGCUGACAGUGUCAUGUUUGAAAGGCUGGCCAAGAAUGGUCGUGACUUUGAAGAGGAUACUAGGGAGCACAUUAAUGAGUAUGCAGAUGCAGGCCUGAGGACACUACUACUGGCCUAUCGUGAACUUUCUGAAAAUGAAUACAAUGUGUUUAAUGAGAAAUUCACUGAGGCAAAAAAUUCAGUUAGUGCAGAUAGUGAAACAUUAAUUGAUGAGGUUGCAGACAAAAUUGAGAGGGAGCUAAUUCUCUUGGGUGCUACAGCUGUUGAGGACAAACUCCAAAAUGGGGUUCCUGACUGCAUUGACAAGCUUGCUCAAGCAGGGAUUAAGCUAUGGGUGUUGACUGGAGACAAGAUGGAAACUGCCAUCAAUAUUGGCUAUGCUUGUAGUUUGCUUAGGCAAGGAAUGAAGCAGAUUAUAAUCAAUUUAGACACUCCAGAAAUCCAGUCAUUGGAAAAAACUGGACAAAACAAUGCCAUCACCAAGGCUUCAAGGAAAAGUGUCCUUGAACAGAUAAUUCAAGGGAAGGCUCAGCUCACUGCAUCAAGUGCAAGGUCUGAAGCUUUUGCUUUGAUCAUUGAUGGGAAAUCACUUUCUUAUGCUCUAGAGGAUGAUAUAAAGAAUAUAUUUCUGGAGCUUGCCAUUGGUUGUGCAUCUGUAAUUUGCUGCCGCUCUUCACCAAAACAGAAGGCACUGGUUACAAGACUGGUUAAAUCAGGAACUGGGAAAACAACGUUAGCUAUUGGUGAUGGUGCUAAUGAUGUGGGAAUGCUUCAAGAAGCUGAUAUUGGAAUUGGAAUCAGUGGUGUGGAAGGGAUGCAGGCAGUGAUGUCAAGUGAUGUCGCAAUUGCUCAGUUUCGAUAUUUGGAACGCUUGCUACUUGUGCAUGGACAUUGGUGUUACAGGAGAAUUUCAUCUAUGAUAUGCUACUUUUUCUACAAGAAUAUUACAUUUGGUUUCACAAUCUUUUUAUACGAGGCAUAUGCAUCGUUUUCAGCGCAACCUGCCUACAAUGAUUGGUAUUUGUCACUGUUUAAUGUAUUCUUCUCAUCAGUUCCAGUAAUUGCUAUGGGAGUUUUUGACCAGGAUGUAUCUGCACGCUUCUGUCUCAAGUUUCCUCUGUUAUACCAAGAAGGGGUGCAGAAUGUUCUCUUCAGCUGGCGCCGCAUAGUCAGCUGGAUGUUUAAUGGGUUUUACAGCGCCAUAACCAUUUUCUUCAUGUGCUCGAAAGCAUUGGAGCACGAAGCAUUCAAUCAUGCAGGAAAAACUGCUGGUAGAGAAAUUUUAGGGGGAACAAUGUACACAUGCGUAGUCUGGGCUGUGAACCUGCAGAUGGCCCUUUCAAUUAGUUACUUCACCUUAAUACAACAUAUUGUCAUCUGGGGCUCAAUUGCAUUCUGGUAUCUGUUUCAGUUGGUAUAUGGUGCCUUGCCUCCCAGUUUUUCAACUAAUGCUUACAAAGUCUUCAUUGAAGCUCUUGCGCCAGCUCCUUCAUACUGGCUCAUCACACUUUUCGUUGUGAUCGCAACCCUGAUCCCAUACUUCUUAUACUCGGCAAUUCAGAUGCGCUUCUUUCCCAUGUAUCAUGGAAUGAUACAGUGGAUAAGGCACGAGGGGCUGUCAAAUGACCCGGACUACUGUGAUAUGGUGCGCCAAAGGUCCAUCCGCCCAACAACUGUGGGUUUCACAGCACGUAGAGCAGCAAGGGUGUACCAAAGAUAAGCAUCACAUGAACACAGAUGAUAUUAGCUGUAUGAUUCCUGUGGAUGGUGAGAAUAUGCCCAAACCUGAAAUUCUGCCUGCAGGACAUGAAUUAUACGACAGGGGGCUGUCAGUCUGUUAAACUAGAAGGUUGCAUAAGUAGGAUCAAUCACAGACAGACAUUGUACAGAAGCAAAAUUCAGUAUUUUACAUGUGGAUGGCAGAAACAUAGAGCAUCUCCGUCCCGGAUAUUGUAAAUUUUGAGUCUCUGCCGUGGGGGCAACUUACCAUUUUCCCCCACUUUUUGUACCAUAACUCUUGUAUUUUAGACAAAAUCGUAGGCAUUGCAUGAGCUAGAAGAGCGGUUAUAGGUUUAGAGUUAGAAAUAGUGCAGCUGUUUCAGGCUCAAUUUUCAUUCAUAUGUUUAAUGAAUCAAUUCUUUUUUGUGAUUAAAUAAGUGUAAGGUUCUUUUUUCAAUGAAAAUUUGUCUCAA